CGGGUUAGAAGCCGUCCCGCCUUCCAGGCACCACGACGCGAGCCCUAGAAGCAAUGCCUCUGACCUUCCAGGACGUGGCCGUGUACUUCUCCCGGGCGGAGCGUCGGCAGCUGGGGCCCGGGCAGCGUGCUUUGUACCGGGAUGUGAUGCUGGAAAACUACGGGAACGUGGCCUCGCUGGGAUUCCCUAUCCCGAAGCCGGAGCUGAUCUCCCAGCUGGAGCGAGGAGAGGAGCUGUGGGUUCUGGAUCUUCUAGGGGCUGAAGAAACAGAAGUCUUGAGAACCUACCAAACAGAUUCUGAGAUUGGGACUAAGAAGGAACUAUCCAUUCUAGACCAGAAAUGUUCAGAAGAAAUAAAAGCCCCAGUAUUUUUGUCAAAUAAAUCCUCAAAGGGUAAUUCACAGGCAUCUGAGUCCCAGGAGACUUGGUACCAUGAAGGAAAGGAAGAAGAGAACCUGGGAAAGUCUGCUGGACUAAGUUUCAAGAAACCUUCUCAACUUCACAAGACAGUUUUUAGAAACAAAUCUAUCACAUGUAGGGAACAACCUCCAGGAGAAAGAACCCAGGAGUGUGCUGCUGCACUUGAUACAUACUUCAAUCUGAACCGAAAUGUUGUUGGACUUAAAAGAAAUAAAAUAGGAGAAAGAGUCUUUAAAUGUGAUAUAUGUAGUAAAACCUUCAAAUAUAAUUCAGACCUACGCCGCCAUCAGAGAAGUCAUACUGGGGAAAAGCCUUUUGAGUGUGGUCCGUGUGGGCGGGCCUUUACACAGAGCUCAAGCCUUACUCUACACCGACGGGUUCACACUGGGAAUAAACCAUUUAAAUGUGGUGAAUGUGGGAAAAUGUUUGGGCUCAAUUCCUACCUCCUUUUACAUCAAAGAAUUCAUACUGGAGAAAAACCCUUUGGGUGUAGUGAAUGUGGGAAGGCCUUCAGUCGAAGUUCAAGUCUUAUUCAACAUCGUGUAAUCCACACAGGAGAGAAACCUUAUAAAUGUAAGGAAUGUGGCAAAGCCUUCAGCCAGAGCCCCCAGUUAACUCAGCACCAGAGGAUCCACACAGGUGAGAAGCCCUAUGGAUGCAGUCAGUGCGGGAAGGCCUUCAGCCGAAGCUCCAGCCUUAUCCAGCACCAGAGGAUCCACACAGGAGAGAAGCCCUACGGAUGCAGCCAGUGUGGGAAAGUCUUCAGCCAGAGCUCAAGUCUUUUUCUCCAUCACAGGGUUCACACUGGGGAGAAGCCCUAUGUGUGUAAGGAAUGUGGUAGAGCCUUUGGCUUCAACUCUCACCUUACAGAACACACAAGGAUCCACACUGGCGAGAAACCCUACACAUGCAGUGAAUGCGGCAAAGCCUUCAGCCGGAGCUGCACCCUUGUGCAGCAUCGCAGAGUACACACAGGGGAGAAACCUUAUGAGUGCACCACAUGUGGCAAAGCCUUCAGCCAAAGCUCCCAGCUCACCCUACACCAGCGUGUCCAUACCGGUGAGAAGCCCUACACAUGUGGUGCCUGUGGCAAGGCCUUCAGCCGCAGGUCAGCCCUCUCUCAGCACCAGCGGGUUCACACAGGGAGAACCUUCAUACAAGGAGAUGUGGCCCAGCCUUUGUUCCUGGCUCCAGCCUCAUGUCCCCUGGAAAGAGAGGGGGCAGAGUCAUCAGCCAAGGCUCAAACCUCUUUCUGCACUGGAGAAUUCACGUGGGUGAGAAUUUCUAACCCAUUGAAUAUCAGGAAAUCCAUGCUAGGGAGAAACCCUGUAAGUGUCAGGAAUGUGGAAAAGCUGUCAGUAGGGGUUCAGCCCUUACUCAACAUCAGGUAACUCAUGUUGGAGACAAACCCCCUUAAAUGAUGGAUCCAAAAGACCUUUUAUUUAUAUAAAAAAGAUUUUCCAAGAAAAACAUUAUAAUUGAUAAAUGAUUUAGCCGUUGUCCAUUUUCUGUUGGAUAGGAUGACAUAAAUAAAUAAAUAAGAUCUAAAUAUUACUAGCAAAGCAAAAUAAAAUAAGUUGGAUGACUAGUGAAGUCAUUAAAUUUGAAAGUAAAUAUGAAGGAAUCAUUCUAGAGAAGUGGUCUGUGUAGAGGUUACCAUGCCCAGUGUGAAGAUGUGAGUGCGUCAGACCCUGGCAAUGUGUGGAUGGAGGAUGCAAGGACUGAGCCACCUCAUUUCAUCAGUCCUACAUGAUGAUCCCAUCUUAACUCCUUUGUCCUGUCUAACCCAGAUUUGUGGUCCAGAAUUCCUAGCGUCAGGCUCACUGAGCAGGUUCAAGCCUUACCUCCACCAUUAGGUUGCUCUGUUUCCUGCCCCUAACAGGGUACCUGAAGGCUAAGUCCAUUUGUAAAGUGAAAGUUGGUUUGUUUUUCAAUUCUCAGGGGAUCUGCAGCUCAGCAGAGGAGACUUAAGAAAGCAGCAAAGCAUCAGCUGCCACAUCUGCCACAUGGUUCCAUGUUUAAGAACUGUAAUUACUGAUAGAAUUUUUUUUGGAGGGAGUACUGGGAAUUGAACCCAGAGUCUUCCCAAGUUACCCAGACUUGGUUUGAACUUGUGAUCCUCCUGCCUCAGCCUCUAGCAUGCUAGGAUUAUAGGUGUGCACCACACACCUGAUCCUGACAGGAUUUUUAAUAACUAGAUUUGAGGUAUAAUUGAUAUAAAAUAAAUUUCACUUUUUAGUAUAUAGUUCUCUGGGUUUUCACAAAGACAAACAGUUGACAGUUGUGUUACUCCCACCAGUCAAGGUGUAGAAUGUUCUCUUUAGCACCCAGAGUUUGUGCUCUGUGUAGUGAGUCCUCGGCACCCCUGGAAAUGGCUGGCUUGUUUCUGUACCUAUAGCCUCACAGUCAGACUCACACUGUGUGGAAUCUUUUGAAUCUAGCCUUUUUCUGGCAUUGGAGAUUGAACUCGGGGCCUUUGCACUGAGCUAUAUCAACAGCCUAUUUAUUUAUUUGUUUGUUUGUUUGUUUGUUUGUUUGUUUUUGGUGUUUUGAGACAUGUAUCGCUGUGUAGCCCAGGCUGGGCUUGAACUCACAG